GUCUCGGCCCCGGCGCGCACGGGCGCAGGACAGGCGCCCCUGAGACCUCGCCGAGCCCUGGGCGGGCUAUGCGGAUUGCGCCGCCGGGGCCGGUCCCCGGGAUCAACGACACCCGGUCCGCGGCCCCGGCCACCAGCGGGGACUAUGACCCGGAAGGCGCGACGCUGCCUGGGCCACCUCUUCCUCAGCCUGGGCAUGGUCUACCUCCGCAUCGGCGGCUUCUCCUCGGUGGUAGCUCUGGGUGCAAGCAUCAUCUGUAACAAGAUCCCAGGCCUGGCUCCCAGGCAACGGGCAAUCUGCCAGAGCCGGCCCGACGCCAUCAUCGUGAUAGGAGAAGGCUCGCAAAUGGGCCUAGAUGAGUGUCAGUUUCAGUUCCGAAACGGCCGCUGGAACUGCUCCGCCCUGGGCGAGCGCACCGUCUUCGGGAAGGAGCUCAAAGUGGGGAGCCGGGAGGCGGCCUUCACCUACGCCAUCAUCGCUGCAGGCGUAGCCCACGCCAUCACCGCCGCCUGCACCCAGGGCAACCUGAGCGACUGCGGCUGCGACAAGGAGAAGCAAGGCCAGUACCACCGGGACGAGGGCUGGAAGUGGGGUGGCUGCUCUGCCGACAUCCGCUACGGCAUCGGCUUCGCCAAGGUGUUUGUGGAUGCUCGCGAGAUCAAGCAGAAUGCUCGGACUCUCAUGAACUUACACAAUAACGAGGCGGGCCGCAAGAUCCUGGAGGAGAACAUGAAGCUGGAGUGUAAGUGCCAUGGCGUGUCAGGCUCAUGCACCACCAAGACGUGCUGGACCACGCUGCCACAGUUCCGGGAGCUGGGCUACGUGCUCAAGGACAAGUACAAUGAGGCUGUGCACGUGGAGCCCGUGCGCGCCAGCCGCAACAAGCGGCCCACCUUCCUGAAGAUCAAGAAGCCCCUGUCCUACCGCAAGCCCAUGGACACCGACCUGGUGUACAUUGAGAAGUCACCCAACUAUUGCGAGGAGGACCCAGUGACAGGUAGCGUGGGCACGCAGGGCCGAGCCUGCAACAAGACGGGCCCCCAGGCCAGCGGCUGUGACCUCAUGUGCUGCGGCCGUGGCUACAACACCCACCAGUACGCCCGCGUGUGGCAGUGCAACUGCAAAUUCCACUGGUGCUGCUACGUCAAGUGCAACACGUGCAGCGAGCGCACAGAGAUGUACACGUGCAAGUGAGCGGGACAGCCCGAGCCCCGGCUUCAGGGCGGUGUGGGAGGCCCAGACAGUCUCCACGCUGCUGUUGCCUCCUGGGUCACUGCCUUGAUCUUCACAGGGAGCUACAGAAACACUGAGCUUGUCUUUCCUGCUGAGGAGGGCCCCGCUUCCGGUUCCGGCAGACACUGCGGGAGGAGGCCCUCGGGCCCUCGCCUGUUCCGCUCCAUAUCCGUGUCCAGUGCUGCUCCUCCUCCCCGAUGCCGCCCAGGCCCCUGCACGGCUGGAAUGAAGCCUUUCGCUGGAACUCUGGGCCUUCGGGCCUCAUCAUAGCAAUAUUUAACAAUUUAUUCUGAUUAAAAAGUAAUAUUAAUUUAUUUAAUUAAAAAGAAUUCCUCCAUCUCGUCAGGACCCGUUUUCUGCAAUCAAAGUGGACUUGUGCUUUCCUGGCGGGAUGACUUGUGUUGCUAGAACCUGGAGCCGAGUAGAAAACUGUACAUAAUGAUUCUUUAUCCAGAUGUUUCUACUAGUUGAUUUUGCAAGUAUCUUCCCCCUGCAGCACUAGACGUUUAAGUACAAUGAGCAGACAUCCUUUAUACUUUAUACCCAUAUAGGUACAUACACACUCACACACACACAUACACACUUGUGUUUUUUUGCUAUUUGCUGCUACUUAUCCAGAAAUUGAAGCUGGUCCAGAUUUGAGACAUUGUUUUCCAGAAUACGUUUCCCAUCCUUCCACCCUCCCCAGUUCAAACAUUGCCAUUAGAAAAAAUCAAUUUUGGAAGAGAGAGAGAGAGGAGAGAAUAAACUCCCAACUGUUUUCACCAUUUGGAAAGUGAGCCACUGGAUAAGAGAGAAUAUUUUGUAAGAGACUAUUUUUAUAAGAAUAUUUUAUUUAUAUGGAGUCUGCUGUAUCAUCCCA